UUGAGACAAAACAACACAGUCAGAUUAGAUUAUUAGCCACUCCUCCGAUAGCAUACGGAUGCUGGAAAUGAAAGCUAGCAGCUAGUGUGUGCGCAAUUUUUUGAAGAUGGCUGGGGACCUGCAAGGUUUUGCGCUGGAGAAAGCCGAACUCCUUUCCAGCCGCUUGAAGGAGCUCAUGUCUUCGGGCCAGGGCUUUGUUCGGGCUCAGUUCGGGCUGGAUUUGGGUCUGAAGCCCGAGCUGUACCCGACGUGGGUCAUCCUGUCCUCGGUGGCGCUGGGUCUGGGUCUGCUGCUCCUCGGUCUGUUCUGGGCCGCUUUGUGCGGGGGUCAGCUGGCCGGGAAGAAGCGGGGAUGUCCGGUGACACAAAGCAGCUUCGAGCCUGCCGCUUCUGCUGCCAAGGCCAAUGUUGCUAAAACAACGAAGCCCGAGGAGCCGAAGAAGAAGAACAAAAAAAAGCCACCGGAGAAGAAGACUCAGUCUAAUGGACAACCGGUGACAGUGGCUCAAGAGGAAGUCAAAGUGACUGAGGUGGUUUCCAAGCGUGCGCCGCCGGUUAAAACUGAGAAGGCGCCUGAGGUGCAAGCCCCAGCUCAGGCUAAAAAGAACAGGAAGAAAGCCAAGGCCGAUGUGAAACCAGUUCAGCAUGUCUCUACAACUGAUGGGAAGGAAGCUGACGAUGGGGCGUGGGAGACCAAAGUCAGUAACAGAGAAAAGCGUCAGCAGCGCAGGAAGGACAAGGGUUCUGAGGACUCUGGGAGUCCAGGAGGAGUGGAAGCCCCCAAAACCCACGCAGAGCCACCUGUGGUCGCAGUUCCAUCAAAGAAGAACAAAGGGAACCACGAGGCCGUGCGUUCAAAAGCCACUGGAAAGGGCGAUGCAGCCAGCGGUGCAGUGUCCCCCAGCUGGAGAGAGGAGCCUUCGGUCAAUGGCGGAGGCUGGACUGACAUGUCCGUGAAGAUCCCAGGCCAGAGCGGUGCCAUGGAGGGAAACAAGUGGAGUAUCAUCCCCACGGCUAAGCAUCGCAGGGCCCAACCGGAGCCACAGCGCUGGGCUCGGGACUCACAAGCUGCGUGGAGUGGCAUCGAUGGCCGAAUAAAGUCAGACCUCAACCGUGCAUCCUUCUCUGUGCCAGGACUGAACACCGCAGACCCAGUGUCCAAUUCAGUUGAGCCGAAGUGGGUGAGCCACCGUAACGUUGAUGACGAGUGGUCGGGAUUCAAUGGGACGGCUGCAGCAGAUCCCAGCUCUGACUGGAACGCCCCUGCAGAGCACUGGGGAAACUAUGAGGAGCCUCCUGUGUUGGUGGCGCCAGCUCCUCUGAAGAAGGAGCAGCCAGUCACCAACAAGGCAUCAGAAGAUGAGAAGGACGGCGAGGAUCUGUCUGGAGGAGCAGCCAAAUCUAAGAAGAGGAGGAAAAAGAAGAAGAAAACAGAAGAGGAGGCUGCAUCUGACGCUCAGACGGCGAACACAGCAGCCCCAAUCAAGGCGGCACCCAAACCCCAAGAGCUUCCUGCGCCGCCUUCCAAAAAGCAGAAUUCCAGCAUAUCAUCCUCUCAGAAGAAGCCUGAGCAGGCCGUGGAGCCUCCGAAGCCGUCCCAGAAGAAAAAAGUCAGAAGGGAAACAUGAAGUCACAUCACAGGUCCAGACAAAGCAUAUGCAAAUGAUUGUUAAACGUGUCACAUGCAAUAAUUACCAGGUACGGCGUUUCUUUCUGAGAUACACACAACCGUUUGUCAGUCACAGAAACAAAAACAAGAAGGCAAGCGGCCGAUAUCGGCUGCUUGGCUAAACAUAUAGUGAUGAAAUGUGGUCCUAUGGACUGAAAACUUAACUAAUUUGCACUAUUUGCUACACUGCAACCAGAGUGGAGUUUCAGGUGAGGUGGACUUUCGUUGGAGGUACAUGUUUAAAUGGCAUUGUGUUUUCUGUUUUGUUCAGUUUUGUUCCUCUUCUCCAAGAGUGUUAGUAAUUGUAUACCCCCCUCCAAAAAACAAAAAACAAAACAAAACGGGUUUAAUUAUUAUUAUUAUUAUUAUUAUUUUAACCAUACAUUUUUUUGUUCCUUAGAAUGUUGCACUUUGAUUUUUUUGCCAUUCUGCUGCCCAUGCGUUACUUACAGAAAUGUUGUGGAGCAAAAGAUAAAGGACGGGUUUGAUUUUCGGCAAGUUUUUCUCAGUACAACACUCACAUGCCUGUACGUACACGGGCAGACUGUAGGCCACUCUCCAAGCCUAUGGAAGACAUUGAUACCUUUAUUGAUUGCUUUAAUAACUUACUGUCCUAAAUCGACACUAAGUCAUAUCCCUGAUAGAGCUACUAUCCCGUAUGAAAUGUGGGAGAAACAUUUGUCACUCGUAUAAAUGGCAUGUGAGUACUGUAUUAAGAUGGGUUUGCCUGUCCCGUUUAUAUAAUAUUUUCUGUAAGAAGAGUGGCAGCAGAGGUCCAUGACAUUUACAGUGGUGUUAAAAGUACAUUGAAACCUAUCAACAACCAUUCCUUCAGCACGAUCCACCUCUUCUCUGUCCGUCUGCGUGACAACCAGACGGUGAAGCACUGGAUUUAGCCAGAGUUAGACAAUUAUUUAAUUUGGAUCGCAUCAAAGAUUUUGUAAGAAAAUGAAUAAAUUGAAUUCCAAUCUGGGGACUUGCUGAGGUCAAAUAGAGACCACAGUAGCUGAUGUGAACCACCAGGAGGCGCUGUAAUGUGAAGUUAAGCAGAGCCGUACAUUAGAGAUGUGUUUUAGAUGUAUUUAGACAUCUCUAAUAUACGGCUCUGAAGUUAAGGGGUAGUGGGAUUUAUCCCACACUUUUAUCAUCAUGAGUAUGUCUAGGUUUAUGCGACAAGACUGUAUGUUGGUUUUUCUAGUGACUUAAUUGUCCUUUCUGCACUCUUUCUAAUUUAAAAAACAACAACAACAAAAAAAAAUAGUUCUUCUUCCAGUUUCGUUCUAGAAAAAGCCAUGCCAUAUGUACAGAUUGUAAGGGCUUUUUCCAUUUCUGUAAUUGCACUGUGCAAAAACCUGUAUUACGUUCCUUUGGAUGUCGAUGAAUUGUUUUUACUGACUUUUGCGGAAUGUGAAAUGUGUAACUUUUUUCAGUUUGUACCCGACUUCCAGGUUUUACGAUGGGCGGGCGGGCGGGUUUGGUGGGUGGGAGGGAGGGAGGUCGAGUGGCUGUUUUUGACCUGAACUGAGAAUGAAGACAUACAUAUUACACAGAGCAGCUUUAAUGCCACAUCCAGGUUGGUUUUAAACAAUACACACAGACACACACAGAAUUUCACACAUAUAUGAAUGGAAUUUUAUUCCGUUGCCUUAACCUGUAAAUGUAUAGAAAGUGCAUUGAAGUCCUUUUUAUAUAGUUUCCAUCCGAUUGCAAGUUUUGAUGUCAGAAUUAAUUUUCUUUUGCAUGACCUUGAUAAUAGUACUUGUGUACAUAAAAUAAAAUGAUCAAACUUUUGCUUUAACUAUUAGUACUUGGUCCUAGAGUACCACUCAGUAUACAUACUGUACUGGCUUACUGUAAGGAGACAAAUUGCAGCUUUUUAUGUGGGCGUCCAGUUUAGAGGACAUUAACCUGUUUUGUUCUAUUUUUCUUCUGUGUGCAAAGAGACUUAGUGUGCACUAAGUCAAAGCAUUGAUCAACUGGUGGUAGUUAUUGGCUGGCAGACCUGAUCACAGCAAAAUUAUUUGUCACUGUGGCUCCAGGUGCCGAUUUUGUUAAAUUUUUACCGAUGAGUAAGAUGAUUGAGUCACUGUAUUUAUAUACUUAUCUCUAGGAAGUGUUUUUUUUUUCUUUUUUUUGUGAAUGACUUUGUUUAUUGCAGAGGAGAUACAAAUGAUAUUUCUAUGUUUGUUUGGUCGAGAUGAAAAUUAAACAGGAAAUGCUUGAUAUCA